GGCGCGACUCUUGUCACCAACAUUAUGGACGAGACCGAGGAGCAGAAUAUUCUGAGUCAGCUGACCUUUGGUGAUGAUGGCAGCAUGAAGCACAGGCAGGUGCAGCACUUUGGCUACGAGUUUGACUACGCGACCAACAACGUGGACGCGACCCGUCCGCUGCCCGGCGGCUUGCCCGCCUGGUGUGAGCCGCUGGUUGAGCGGCUGCAGGCGCGCCACCUGCUGGCAGAGCGGCCCGACCAGCUGACGAUCAACCGGUACCUGCCCGGCCAAGGGAUUCCACCGCACGUGGACACCCACAGCGCGUUCACGGACCAGCUGGUGUCGGUCAGCCUCGGCGCCGACACCACCAUGGAGUUCAGCCGGCCGCCGCCUGGCGGCGCCACCGCCGCCGUGCGCCUGCCUCGCCGCUCGGCGCUCGUCAUGGACGGCGAGGCCAGGUAUCUCUGGAGCCACGGCAUCGUGCCGCGCAAGUCGGACGUGACGGCCGGCGUCGGUGGCGACCUGACGCUGACGCCGCGGGGCACGCGCGUGUCGCUGACCCUGCGCCGGCUGCAGUGCGACUCGCGGCAGCCGGCCGCCGACGCCGAGCAGACGGCGGCACUCUCCAGGACACUGGAGAGCACGCACGUCGCUCAGGUGUACGAGAACAUCGCCGACCACUUCAGCUGCACGCGACACAAGCCGUGGCCCCGUGUCGAGCAGUUCGUGCGCACGCUGCCGACCGGCUCCCUGCUGCUGGACGUGGGCUGCGGCAACGGAAAGUACCUUGGUCUCAACCGGCACCUGUUCGAGGUGGGAGUGGACCAGAGCGCCCGGCUGUGCGCUAUCGGUCGGGCCCGGGGUCACCAGACGGUGACGGCCGGAUGUCUGCCACUUCCGGUCCGCUCCGGUGCCGUGGACGCCUGUAUCUGCAUCGCCGUCAUCCAUCACCUGGCCACACGGGAGCGGCGCACGGCGGCGCUGCGCGAGCUGGGCCGCGUGCUUCGGCCGGCCGGCCGCGCGCUGGUCUACGUCUGGGCGCUGGAGCAGCGGCUGGGCGCGCGCUCCGCCGGCUACCUCAAGCGCGGCCGGCAGCGCGCAGGCGCCGACGGCCGACCGGAGGACGCGGCCGCGCUGCCUCUGCCUGUGCACACCAACCGCACCGAGUUCCAGCAGCAGGACGUGCUCGUGCCGUGGAAGCUGCGCGGCGGCGCGGAGCUGCUGCCGUCUGGCGUCCACCAUCGGUACUAUCACGUGUACCGCCAAGGCGAGCUGGAGGAGGACGCACGCAGCGCCGGCGGCCUGGUAGUGCGGGAAAGCUACUACGACCAGGGAAACUGGUGUGCGGUGCUGGAGAAGGCGAGCUGACGGCACCGCGGGGAGGCCGGCGCUGCGGGCCGUAACAGAGCGGUGUGUUACGACUAUGCAGUUCCGGCGCCGGCGGCGUGGUGCUUUGCACGCUGCUUUGGGUCUUAAAUAUACUACAACA